CAGCCCAAAUAUUUCCCCAACCCAAAUGAUUUCCCCAGCCCAAAAAGUGAAUUUCUAACCCUAAGUCUUUCACACUCUCUUUUCCUAACCCUAAGUCUUUCACACUCUCUCAUUGUAACACCCCAGUUUUUCGGAAUAUAAUUAAUAUUUAUUCUACUGAAAAUAAAUUAUUUCAUAUUUAAUAUUUUUAUGUAGGAAUUAUUUUAAAAAAAAAUAUAUAUAAAUGUUUAUGAAUUUAGUGGGUUAAGUUUAGAGAAGAGUUUACGUAUUAUAAAGAAAGGUUAUAUAUCUAUAUAGUUAUUUGGAAAAAGGAAAGGAGUAGUAUUCAUGUUAAAAAGGAAAGGGGGAAAAUAAAAGAAUAAGAAAAGAAAAGAAAAGAAAAGAAAAGAAAAGAAAAGAAAAGAAGGAAAACUACGUUAUAGCGGUUCUCACAUCUUCAUCCUCUCCACAUCUUCAUCCUCUCCAUCAAACUCUCACAAUCUUCAUCUCAACACUACCACCUUCAACAUUUCUAUCUUUCGGCGCCUCAACUACAACACAACAAUCUAUAUCUAGCGGCAAGCGGCACGUGAGGAAUAGGUUCAACAAAAAGAAAGUCGGAUUUCGGUGCGUUUGAGGUUUGGGGUGCGUUUUAAGGGUUGAUUUCACAAGUUUUCUUCACCAUUAAUCUUCCAUAGUAGUGGAUUCCGGUUUCAUUGAGGAGCCGUAUUGACUGCUUGACAUAGUUGAUUUGCUGUAUUUUAAAAGGUACAUGAAGAUUUGCAAGUGGGGUGUGGGCUGAGAGCAACGUUCCACUAGCUUAGUUGAAAUAUAGUAGUUUUAUUUCCGCUGCACUAUAAAUAUAUAUCAUAAUUUUGGAACUUAAGGUUGUAAAUAUUAAUUUACUUAAACCUUUACACGUUUGGAUUGUAAUAGUUUAAUUUAGUUGUUGCUUUAACAUUAAUUCAGUUAGGUAGUUAUCCUUAACGGUUGUUCCUGUAAUAACCGUGGAAUAACACUUUUGGAUUUCGGGUACUUAUGCAUGGAUGUAUUGAUUUUUGACCUGGAUAAGGAUUUUGGAGAUCUUGGUUUGCUGGAUUAUUCAGACAGGUUUAUUAUUUGGACGCGAGUCCUAAAUUGAAUUUUAGGCAGUCCAUAUUUCAGACGGAGCUCUGCCGAAUUUUCUGUAGAAUUUUGAUAUUAUUUAAUUUAGUUAGCAACUCGAAAUUCAGGGGUGUUAUAGUUGGUAUCAGAGCCUAGGUUUAUAAAUGACUGGGUCAAAAUAAAGAUUAUAGGAAUAUAAAUAAAAUCUUGACAAGCCGUGGUGAGGUAGUGUGAUGGGCUAUACACAGGAAGUGUAUAUGUUGUGCUAUUUGUUUAUUUAUAUUAAAGUCGACAAAAGUGUUACAUUAUCCCAAUAUCGAGCUAUGUUCUCUUACCUUGUGUAGUGCUCAGAAGAUGCAUAGACGUCAAAGGACCAAGCCAUCAAGAAUGAGCGCUUUUAUGCGCCAAAUGGCUGAGUCUAAUAAAGCUAUGAGCGAGGCUGUUCAGUCGCUUGCUGAAGCACGAGCUGCUACUAGUACAAGCAAAGCAGCUACGACAGAAAUUGCUGCUGUUCAUAAAGCAAUUGAUGAGAAGAAGCCGCCCAAGUAUGAUGGAAAAGGUGAUCCAGUGAAGAUGGAGAAUUGGAUCAGGGAGUUUGACAAGAUCUUUGUCACCCUCCAGGUCCCCGAAGAAAUGAGAGUUGACUCUGCGGCUUACCAUCUCAUCGAGGAUGCUGAUAUUUGGUGGACCAACCACAAAGAUAAUUUGACCACCAAAGUCAUAUAUGAUGAGGAUGGUUAUGAGGAGGUGGAGACAACAAAUUUUGGUUGGAAGGAGUUCAAGAAGGCACUACGUGCCGAGUUCUUCCCGCCUCAUAUGAAGAAAAGGAAGAGAAUAGAAUUUGAGAAGUUUGAGCAAGGAGAUAUGUCGGUUCAAGACUUUUAUACUAAAUACUUAGAGUUGUCUCGUUUCGUACCUGAAUUGGUUCCAACGAGCAAGAAAGAGCUCAGAAGUUUGAGGAAAAACUUGAUGUAAAUCUCCUUAGCCACAUGGGAGCUGGUGACUUCACGACUUUAAAAGAUGUUUAUGCUCGUGCCAGUAAUGCUGAAAGAAUUGAGGAGAGAAGGAAGGUCGCGGAGAAGAUGAAAGCUCCUGCAAAGGAAGAUGUCCAACACUUUGACAAGGGUAAUAAUUUCAGCCAGGAUAGGAGUAGAAAUUAUGACAAUCGGGGUUCUAAGGGAAACUUCGGUAAAGGGGGCCCAAGUCAGCAGGCCUCUAGGAGUGCUCAGAGUUCGUUUACGCCCCGUAGCCAAGCAGAGGGCCAAUUUCAAUUCCAGAAGUCAGGAGUCCUUCGUCGUUACUUCUGUAAGAAAUGUGAUAAGAACCAUCCAGGAAGAGAUUGUAAAGGCAAUAAGGUAGCAUGCAACUAUUGUGGGAAGGAGGGGCACAGGGCUUAUGAAUGUUUCUCCAAUCCAGAUGCAACGGUUGGUCGAAAUAACGAGUUAUUGAAGAGACCCCCGACUAGUAUGGCUAGUAAUCGGCCAGUCACUUCUGCUCCAAGCACCACUAUUCCAAGACGUAGUGCUGGAACAGCUAAUGCUACUUAUGUUCAAAGAGGCCCCGAGAAGAAGAAUUUGGGCAACCUAAAUCACCUUAAACAAGCGGAUGUGGAUAACAACCAGGGUAAUGCAUUGACUGAUUCCGGUUUCAUUGAGGACCGUAUUGACUGCUUGACAUAGUUGAUUUGCUGUAUUUUAAAAGGUACAUGAAGAUUUGCAAGUGGGGUGUGGGCUGAGAGCAACGUUCCACUAGCUUAGUUGAAAUAUAGUAGUUUUAUUUCCGCUGCACUAUAAUAUAUAUCAUAAUUUUGGAACUUAAGGUUGUAAAUAUUAAUUUACUUAAACCUUUACACGUUUGGAUUGUAAUAGUUUAAUUUAGUUGUUGCUUUAACAUUAAUUCAGUUAGGUAGUUAUCCUUAACGGUUGUUCCUGUAAUAACCGUGGAAUAAACUUUUGGAUUUCGGGUACUUAUGCAUGGAUGUAUUGAUUUUUGACCUGGAUAAGGAUUUUGGAGAUCUUGGUUUGCUGGAUUAUUCAGACAGGUUUAUUAUUUGGACGCGAGUCCUAAAUUGAAUUUUAGGCAGUCCAUAUUUCAGACGGAGCUCUGCCGAAUUUUCUGUAGAAUUUUGAUAUUAUUUAAUUUAGUUAGCAACUCGAAAUUCAGGGGUGUUAUACUCAUUCUCCUAACCUAAUUUUCUAGCGCCUCUCACUCUCUCUCUCUUUCUCUAAGAGUGAAAUCUCUCAGUCUUUCACACUCUCUUUCACACAAUCUUCUUCUUCAGUGCUUUUCUUCAAUAUUUGGUGUUCUUCGUCUCGCAACGUCUCGCAAAGUCGCAAAUUUGUCUCGAUUCUUCAACAUUUGCUCUUCUUUGUCUCGCAAAGUUUCGCAAUUUCGUCUCCAUUAGCGCAAUAUCAGAAUACAUGUUGCUCUUCUUCUACAUCAGGUAUUGUUCUUUUGUCAAUUUUUUUUUCUUCUUUUGUCCUUUAUUUUCUUAUUUUCUCAUUUAUUUGCUUUCGUUUUUUUCUGCUAUUUUAUGUUACUUAUGGGAUUUUUGUAUUUUGACCUUUUUUUUCGUAUUUUGUCAUUUAUUUUAUGUUAUUUAUGUGAUUUUCGUAUUUUGUCUUUCGUUUUUUUCGUAUUUUGUCAUUUAUUUUCUAUUUUUCUAUGUUAUUUUCUGUUUAAUGUUCUGUUUUUUAUUUGUUUAAUUUUCUGUUUUUUUUUUGUUUAAUUUUCUGUUUAAUGUUAUGUUAUUUAUUUUCUGUUUAAUUUUUCUAUGCUAUUUUUCUGUUUAAUUUUCUGAUUAGUGUUCUGUCAUUUAUUUUUUGUUUAAGAUGUCUAUGCUAUUUUUCUGUUUAAUGUUAUUUUUCUAUGUUAUUUUCUAUUUUUCCUACCAAUUAGUAUUAAUAUUUUUUUUCCUGUUUUCCUAUCUUUUCUUGUUCUAGCAAAUUGAGCUCUCAUCAGAGAUUCAGAGGCAGAGGAGGAGAUUGACUCCACACCUACAAAUGCUGUGAAACCAAAAAAAAGGAGAAAGUUGAUCUUAAUAAGCCUAGGGUGCUACAUUAAUGUUGUUUUGUAAUUUGUUUUUAUAAAAUUUUGUUGAUUUGGUUUGUAAUAUUGCCAAGUAUUAUCUUGGUUAGCUAGAACUUUGUUGAAAUUUCAAGGCCCAAGUGCCAAUUAUAAACCAUGCAACUGUUUUGAAAAAAAAUUAGGUUAUAUGGGUCGGGUCAACCUGAAAAAAUCGGGUUAAACAGGUUCAGGUUGACCCAUUUACAACCCGUUUAAAAAAACUCAGGUCAAACAGAUCAGGUCAGGUUGACCCGAUAACUUUCAGAUCAGGUUAGGGUUGAUGAUAUUGACCCGAAAAUUUAAACAGAUCAGGUUCAGGUUGGGGGUUUUCAACCCGAUUUAACUUGACCCGAACACGAAC